UAGUCGAGAGUCUGUUGCGGGACUUCCUGGUCAGACUGUGUUUUCACCAGAAUUAGAGACGCAGUUUGUCACACUCCUCUCCGCCAACCCGACAGACAGUCUAGUCAUUGGGUUUCAGCGUUAUUUCCACUGUUAUUUCACCAGUGGUCAGCAGAGGGGGGAUCCAUUAACGUUACUCACCAUCAAAGUUAGCUUGUAAGCUAACGCUAACGUUUGGGCUUUGCUGUGAUUUAGCCAUGUCCGCUUCGGCUGGAUGCUCCCCGGCGGGCCACAGCUCGGGCCUCGGCCCCGGUAUGUCCAUGUUUCGCUGGCUAGAGGUGCUGGAGAAAGAGUUUGACAAGGCCUUUGUGGACGUGGAUCUGCUGCUCGGAGAGAUAGAUCCAGAUCAAGUCGACAUUACGUACGAGGGUCGGCAGAAGAUGACCAGCCUCAGCUCCUGUUUUGCUCAACUGUGUCACAAAACCCAGACGGUUUUCCAACUCAACCAUAAACUAGAGGCUCAGCUGGUGGACCUGCGUUCUGAGCUGACGGAGGCUAAGGCUGAGCGGGCAGUGGUGGACAGGGAGGUCCAUGACCAGCUCCUGCAGCUCCAUGCUCUCCAGCUGCAGGUUCACGCCAAGCAAGGCCAGGCUGAAGACUCUGACACCAUCAAGGGCAGACUGCCUGCUCCAGCAGUGGAAGAGAUGGAACAGGAGCUCGAGGCCAGUAAGAAGGACAAAUUAGCAGAGGCAAGGCUAGAGGCAGAGGUGAGACUAUAUAAGAAAGAAAAUGAGGCCCUCCGCAGGCACAUGGCGGUACUGCAGGCCGAAGUGUACGGAGCCAGACUGGCGGCCAAAUACUUGGACAAGGAACUGGCUGGCAGGGUGCAGCAGAUCCAGUUACUAGGCCGUGACAUGAAAGGACCGGCACACGACAAGCUGUGGAACCAGCUAGAGGCAGAGAUUCACCUUCACCGCCAUAAGACUGUCAUCCGAGCAUGUAGAGGUCGCAAUGAUCCUAAGAAACCUCUCCCCUCCCCCGUGGGGCAUGACCCAGACAUGUUGAAGAAAACCCAAGGAGUAGGCCCCAUCAGAAAGGUGGUGCUAGUCAAAGAUGACCAUGAGGGACUGGGAAUCUCCAUUACAGGCGGGAAGGAGCACGGUGUUCCCAUUUUAAUUUCAGAGAUCCAUCCGAGUCAGCCCGCAGACAGAUGUGGAGGUCUGCAUGUCGGAGAUGCCAUCCUCGCUGUCAACAGCAUCAAUCUGCGAGAUGCCAAACACAAGGAGGCUGUCACCAUUCUGUCCCAGCAGCGAGGACAGAUAGAGUUUGAAGUGGUGUACGUGGCUCCUGAGGUGGACAGUGAUGAUGAGAAUGUGGAGUAUGAAGACGACAGUGGCCAUCGCUACCGGCUCUACCUGGAUGAGCUGGACGACAGCAGCACAGCACCACCUAGCAACAGCUCUGCAUCUCUGCAAGCUCUGGAGAAGAUGUCACUGAACAAUGGACCAGAGAAUGGAGAUACUGGGAUCUCCAGUGAGACCCCCUCAGAGGAAACCCCCUCAAAGCCUCCUGAGACUGACUGCUCCUUCUAGAGGCUCAGCCAUUGUUAUUUGGAGAGACAACAAGGAUUGGAGGGGAAAUCCCUCUCAAAGAACUGAAUCAAAGGAUUCUCUGAGAAACCCAGGAACAAGGGAAAAUGAACAGAAAGCGUCUGUUUUCCCUUCUUCCUCUUGGUGUUCUAGGAUGGUAGGAUUUGGGGGUUUAGCCUGGGCAUGUGGCAAUGAUGUGGGGUAAAAUACAUAUUUGAAGAAGCAGAGGUGUAAAGAUAUGUAGAGGAGGGAGUGAUACUGAACAAUGUUUUUUGAGAUAUUUUAUGAAGAUACUUAUGGGAAUCGUCAGGACAGCUGUAUAUGAGAAGAGAGGAUGCUGUCCUGGAGGCUCAGACAUCAGAGGAAGAGGUUACUCAUAGUUGAAAAUGUCUUUCAGGGAGACACUUGUGAGUGUUUUGCUUCUGUUUGUAUAGUUAUUCAUUUCGUCUUGACAACUUUAUGACAAUACGACAUUGUCUUGUAGGGAUCCCGGGAGAGGCCAGGAAAAUAUCUUUAAAGACUGUUCUACUCGAAGAGAAUAAAUCUGUUGACAAGGCUCUCACACAAGUGAUCAUUGUACCUAGCAACAGCAAGGCCGUUCAUUCACAUUCAGGUGAGAUGUUAAAAAGUCCAAUGAAAAAACUGUAGUGAAAUAAACAUCAAAUGAAAAAAUGCAGUAAAAUCUUUUUUAAAACGCAUAUAAAACCUAAGCAGGUAGGUAGGAAGGUCGUCUGUUGAAUCAUGUAUCCAGGGUCAAAUAUCCAACAACUACAUAAAGGAACAUACUAAACACUGAAAGAGUCUUUCUCUAUGGUUAUCCAUAAAAUGUAGAACAUUCUUUCAUGUGAUGUAAUUUACCCUCUGGUGACUGCUCUUACCUUUUGACAACAGUGGCUGUGAAAAAGAGAAUUGUAUCUGCAUCACACUGCAGCCGUCUCUGUCUGUGAGGGCAGCAUGAGUCGUAAAGCUUUGACAGGUGCUGUCUCAUCUUUUGUCUAACGUUUUCAGUCAUAAGCGGUCACCUUUUUAAUGCUACGUUCAGGGGAUCCUGGUCAGGUCAUGAAGCUCUUCAGAGCAAAGCAAUCAGAGACUGAAGAUGAUGCCAUAUGUCAAUUUUAGGCAGAACGGAACAAGUCAAGACAUUUUUUAUUUCAGUGACUGUACUUGUCAUACUAGUGUAUGACCUCCAACCUGGUCGUGGUGUUGAAUCCUAUUUGGAAUGUGGUGACUGUAGGUGGAUGUUCCUUUGACCCAUUCUCCCGCCAGAGCUUUUUAGCCUUGUUCCAUCACUAACAUAUUUUGGCAUGUCACUGUAUGUUGAAUAUACAGGGGUGGGCCACAAUAACACUUGUAUGAUAUAAUGUAAUUGAAUACAAUCAUUUUUAAUAAUGGGGUCUUUCUUAAUUUGUGUGUAUUGCUGUAUACUUUGUUAUUGUUUUUUUAUGGUAUCACAUUAAGUUCUAUUGUAACACACUGUAUUUUGUCAGGAACACUUCACAGUAAUUUAAUGCAGUAAAGUACAACAAAUUGCAAAGUACUCUACAACGAGUUAAGAGGUCAGUCAGCCCCUCCCUGACACCAGCCUCACCAGUGUACUGUUUGAUAUAAGAUAUCCAGUUGAAUAUUUUGUGGUGCCCAGCUCUUGUGUCUGUUGGCACCACUGCUACCUGCCAGUGUUCUGACCCGAAGGAGCACGAGUAAGUGGAACCCUUAGUAUGACUCUGUGACCUAACAGCAUUCACAUGUCGGUCUCUACUUGCUUUUUCCUACUGUGUUCCCUCGGCGCUUGGUUUGUGUCUCUAAACUCUUCACAUACAGUAUAUGAUGUGCAUCUUUAUAAGUAAUGUAUUCAAGCUAAACAAUUUAUUUAGCCUUUAAAUAAAGUUUGUUUUCAAUUUG